AUGACAGAUGUCGAGCCCAAGGGACCGCCGUUCGCUAAUUCAACAACACGAUGUUUGAAGUUUGAAACAAUGUGCUACAUCAGUACCAAUCUUAAUAGUGCUAGACAAGAGCUUAGGAAGAUGAAACACAAGCGGGAUUUAAAAUUGUUACUUCAUCCGUACUUUAUUAUCAAUAUGCUACUCAGCAUUUUAUUUUUUACCACCAAAACUAUCCCAGUGUUUUGUACGUGGAUGUAUAGUGAUUGUCAUAUUAAUCUUCAAGAGUAUGAGCUCUUGAUAUUUUUGGGAAGUUUUGUUGCUCUGCGCAAUAAACGUCAGUUUUCUAUUCCUGAUUAUCUCGCUCAUUUCUACAUGUUUGCUAAACUUGUUAGUCUACUUAUGUUCUGGAAACAGAAUGUUGUAUAUGCUAUUCUCUAUGGUGUUUUAUGGUUGAUUCAGGCGUGUUUCCUACAACAACCCGUUUAUAAUGGACCUGAUAGGGUUUUAUACUUGCGAGAUACCACUUUUGAACAGGAAGUUAUUCAUGGUAAUCCAAAAGUCACAUGGCUUAUUGCUUUCUAUACAGUAUGGUCACCUGCAUGCAUUAAACUGCAGCCUAUUUUUGCUGAAUUGUCUGAAGAAUUCGGCUCAGACCUUAUGAAAUUCGGUAAAAUCGAUGUGAUAAGAUAUCCAGAUAUCGGUGUUAAGUAUAAUAUCGACACAUCUGGUUGGUCAAAACAGCUUCCCACUCUUAUUUUAUUUCGUCAAGGUCAUGAACUGACAAGAAGACCAGGCAUAAUCAAUACACCUAAGAAAGCAAUCCAAAAAUUCACAUUUACAUGGGAUAAUAUGAUCAAUGCUUUUUCAUUAAAUGAUUUAUACACAAAUCAAAAGCAGGUUUUCAAUACUGCAAAUCAACGUAUGACAUCUGAUUCAACGGAUGAAGAAAAAAAAAAUUUAUGA